AUGUGGGAAAGUUCUAUUCAAGAAGAGCCAACACUAGAAAAAGUUGCUAAUAAUUUAAUAAAAAUAAAGAUUUUAAGAUCAUCUGAUAAUGAACCUGGUGUCGAUUUACUCAAAAUUACUGGAACAAAAGGUAAAGCAAAUCUUUAUGUGACAACAUUGAUACAAUUGAUGUACACUAUGGAAGAGUUGGCUGCAUUACAGCCAGCUGAUACUUAUAGUGAUAAUGGAUAUAAGUUGAUACAGGAAGCUGUUCGUUCUAAGUUUAAACUUAGUGAUGAUCAUUUAUAA